AUGAAGGAGAAGGCAGUGGAGGUCGAGGUCGGGGCAGUGCGACAUUCGGACGUGGACGCAGAGGGCGUGGCGGUGGUGUUGCGGGUAGCGGCCUUGGCAGGGAAGGGAGCGGAGUACCCCUCGGUGGGGAUGCUGGAGAGCAUGGGGGUGCCGGACCUGAAUGGUCCGGCCUUGGAGGCGGAGGGGGAGGAGUGCCACACAGUGGGGAUUCUGCAGCGCAGGGGGGUGCCGAACCUGAAUGGUCCGGCCUUGGAGGCGGAGGGGGAGGAGUGCCACUGGGUGGAGCACCAGGAGGGCAGGGAGGAGUGGGAGCAGAGAGGUCUGGCAUUGGAGGCGGAGGGAGAGGGGUGCCCCUUGGUGGGGCACCAGGUGGGCAAGGAGGUGUGGGAGCUGGGUGGUCUGGCAUUGGAGGCGGAGGGAGAGGGGUGCCCCUUGGUGGGGCACCAGGAGGGCAGGGAGGUGUGGGAGCUGGGUGGUCUGGCCUUGGAGGCGGAGGGAGAGGGGUGCCCCUUGGUGGGGCACCAGGUGGGCAAGGAGGUGUGGGAGCUGGGUGGUCUGGCAUUGGAGGCGGAGGGAGAGGGGUGCCCCUUGGUGGGGCACCAGGAGGGCAGGGAGGUGUGGGAGCUGGGUGGUCAGGCCUUGGAGGCGGAGGGAGAGCGGUGCCCCUUGGUGGGGCACCAGGUGGGCAGGGAGGUGUGGGAGCUGGGUGGUCUGGCAUUGGAGGCGGAGGGAGAGCGGUGCCCCUUGGUGGGGCACCAGGUGGGCAGGGAGGUGUGGGAGCUGGGUGGUCUGGCAUUGGAGGCGGAGGGAGAGCGGUGCCCCUUGGUGGGGCACCAGGUGGGCAGGGAGGUGUGGGAGCUGGGUGGUCUGGCAUUGGAGGCGGAGGGAGAGCGGUGCCCCUUGGUGGGGCACCAGGUGGGCAGGGAGGUGUGGGAGCUGGGUGGUCUGGCAUUGGAGGCGGAGGGAGAGCGGUGCCCCUUGGUGGGGCACCAGGAGGGCAGGGAGGUGUGGGAGCAGAGAGGUCUGGCAUUGGAGGCGGAGGGAGAGCGGUGCCCCUUGGUGGGGAUGCUGGAGGGCAGGGAGGUGUGGGAGCUGGGUGUUCUGGUAUUGGAGGCGGAGGGAGAGGGGUGCCCCUUGGUGGGGCACCAGGAGGGCAGGGAGGUGUGGGAGCUGGGUGUUCUGGUAUUGGAGGCGGAGGGAGAGGGGUGCCCCUUGGUGGGGCACCAGGAGGGCAGGGAGGUGUGGGAGCAGAGAGGUCUGGCAUUGGAGGCGGAGGGAGAGCGGUGCCCCUUGGUGCCGCACCAGGAGGGCAGGGAGGUGUGGGAGCUGGGUGGUUCGGUAUUGGGGGUGGGUAUGGAGGCGAGCCGCUGUUCGGGCCUGGAGCAAGAGACAGUGUCUAUGCUGCGAGUGGUGAGGUGGUUGGGUCUGGAUCCAGUCUCGGAACUGCAGGCGUCUUUUGGACAUGGUUCCCGGCCAGCAUCCAGUGGGGAAGAUGUGCGGCGUGCGACAGUGUUCGGUUCUCAAGAGUCUGCACCAUCCACCGGCACGGGUUUCGGUGGCACAGCACUCACCACUGUAGGUACCCCGUGUGCACCGGCCUUCGAUGUCAACUCGGUUCUGCGUCGUGCACGUGAGUGGUACCGGGCUGAGGACAUUGACACAGGGAGGAACACGCCCACUCAUGGAGUGCCAGAAGGUCAGUAUGCUGAACAAUUCCACCCUGCAUCGGCGCUCGCGCUGCCAUGGCCGGAUUGCGGGCAACGAGCAAAUGGUCCGGCUCAAGGGGUGGACGAGCCUGCCUUUGAGGAGGAUCCGGUCCCAGAGGAUGCCCAGGAGGAUGGCGAUGUGCCAAACGACGGUGAUGGUGAACCCGGCAUCCACGUGCGAACCGGGUUCUAUCGCAACAGGCGCGGAUCAUCCUAUCGCAUUGGGGGGAUCAUGCUGCUGCAUUGGGCUCGUCUAUUUGCGGUCACGCUGCGUUUUGGCAUCUACACAAGCAAUGCGACAGAGUCCAUCAACAGCGCUGUCCGGUCCAUUCGCAUGCUGCCACCAACAUGGCUUCUGGCAUCUCUGUGGGAUUGGUUCCGCGACAAGUGGUACGCCAGGCAGGAGAAUGCGCGACAACGGGAUGAGUAUCUCACUGUGGCUGCAGCCAAGCGUCUCGAUCAGAAGAGGCUGAGGUGCCAGGGGUACUGGUUCAUUGGCGGUAACAACACGGUGGGCACCAUCCAGACAAGGGGGGGCGAGAACGAAACCCAGUGGAGAAGCUUCAACGUGAACCUCGACGGCCGUACGUGCGAUUGUGGGAACUGGGAAGAGUACCAGUUCCCAUGUGCGCAUGCCGUGGCCAUGUGCAUUCUCAAGAAGCGGAGUGUGGAGCUCUUCGUGUCUGAAUACUAUACCACCCGCAACCUUCGCCAGACAUACAACCGGCAUGUGCUUGGUACAUGUGUGGACAGGCUGGUCAUGGAGGCUCCAAGGGCAACGGAGGGCGAUUGUGACGCGCCAGCUCUGAUCGAGACAAGGCUUGGAAGGUCUGAGAAUCACACCCGGUUUGAGGCCCCGCCACAUGCAUAUCGGUGCGGUAGAUGCCGACAGCAUGGGCAUAACCGGAAAAGGUGCAAGUUCAAGUACGGGGGGUACGGGCAAGCACAGGCUGAGGAGGCGCCUGCUGGCGAAGAUGAUGAUGAGGAUGAGGCUGCAGCUUCACAGGCAGCAGCACCCUAG